AUGAUCCAUCAAGGAAGCCCAACCCGCGAUUUUAUGCCAAUCAACCAAACAAGAACCGAGGGCAGCCAUGAUCAAGGCUUUGGGCCAAUGACAUCAAAGAGUGCCGCCGAGAACAAGUAUCCGGAUCCGCCGCCGGUUAAACCCGGGUGGCUCGAGCUGACCCAGGCCGUCUUUAAUCAUUCUGUCGCCCGUUGGGACAAGGAGAACUGUGACGGGGGCCUGCAUUGGCAGAUAUUUACUUUUAACGCGGGCUACAACUACAAAAACUCCAUCUCGAACGGCUGCUUCUUCAAUAUUGCCUCCCGACUGGCGAGAUACACCGGCAACAGCACCUACGCCGACUGGGCGACUUAUUCGCCGUAUUGGAUGGCAUACAUACAUGGAGGUGGGAAAUGCGUCAACCGCACCGACACACAAUGGUCUUACAAUGCGGGUAUUUUUCUUCAAGGCGCGGCCGUCAUGUGCAACUUGACCAGGAGCGAUGUUUGGAAAACUUGGACGGACGGUCUUGUCAAGCAACCGCUAAAAGAAUUUGUCAAGGACGGCGUCAUCUUCAAGCCUGCCCGGGAGCCAGCAAGAGGCUGCGAUUUGAACGGGUCUUCUUUUAAAGGGUACUCUAUACGCUGGCUUGUUUCGACAAUCAAGAUGGCUCCUCACAUAACUGAUACCAUAUACCCCAUCAUGCAGGCGACUGCGACAGCUGCCGCCCUGGCAUGCUCUGAGUCAGACGCUUCUUUCAGGGGGCUUCCAGGGACAGCUUGCGGGUUUUAUGGACAGAUAAACGCAGGUUUGAAGGACUCGUCGGUGCUGGGCAACAAAUGCUGUUACCGGCGUUAUUCUAGUGCAGUCUGCAAGACCAAGGAAACUGCAGGAAUCCAAGGAUAUCCCUAUGAAGAACCUCGAAAAUGCCUAGAAAAGGGUUAUGUACAAGGCGGUGGGAAUCCCGAGACAAAUACUUGUGGGACGACGGGGUUAAAAAAUCAACCCCAAUCGCGGAAUCAUCCUAAGACCAAAUGGAAAAAGAUUACGCUCACAUAG